GGAUGGAAACGCCGUCUCGGGGUCUUUGAACACACAAUUGUGGCAAGCCCCAGACCAUCAUAUCAAUAACAGAACGCCGACUGCAUGGGUAGCAUCUCGGCCUUACGAUCUUACCACCGUCCAGACAUUCCAUCCCAUAUCGAAGCUGCUAACUUACCAUCACAGCCUCGUUCUGGGCCGUUCUCAAAGGCCGUUACCAACACCACUAUUCCCUCCUCAGCCUCAGACCUUCCGAAGAUUACCAGCAAAGCGCCUCGAUGAUCCAGGAAUUUUCGUCUCCGAAUCCGUCGUGCCAGGAAGAGGAAGAAGUUCUUCGCCGCUUCAUCAGAUCUGCGACGGCCCGCUCAUGUCCGAAUUGCAAACGUGGCGUCGACAUUGGGAGCAGCACCAUCUUCCAACACGCCGGGGAAAUUCUUCGAGAUCGAAAGUCUAUCGCACAGGGCAGUCACUAUGUGAAGUGUUUUUGUGGGACAUCUUACUGUAUGACAUGCUCCAGAAUGGGAGACAGUUUGAAGACACCUUUCGCCCGUUCCAAGUCAACCAAAUGGUGCUGCCCCGAGGGUCGACUCUUCCACAUCUUUGUCCUCUUUUGCGGCCCGAUCGCCCACGAUGCAAACCCGCAGGUCUCCAUCUUUCAAGACUCACAAGUGGAGGCGAUUGAGAAGUCCCCAAAAGCCGAGAGAAGGUCCGAGUCGAAGUUCAAGGCCUUCUUCAAAAGCAGCGAUGACGACGGCACAUCCAAAGGUACGGGCUACGCGACGGGCGAGGUCUAUGGAAAGAGAGAGGAGCCGAAUGAGGUUGUCCGUAAUCGUCGUGAGAAGCUCGAGAAUAGCAUGAAACUUUUACCCAGGCUCCUCGCCGCACUCUCGAUAGCAUGGCCUUCAACUUCCAUGGCUCACCAGUUCGAUCGCAACCCCCACCCGUUGUUGAUGGUCAUGGCUCGCCGAAGCCCACUGAUGGUGAGGAUGGCCGAGCUUCUCCGAGACGAUAGCAUGGAACAGAUCAUGCAACAAGGACUCCCGUAUCAAGCCCUGUUCGACUUUCUCCAUGUGAUCUCAGCACAUCCCUCCACGGCUUCGCUGGUCUGUGAUGUUCGAAUUAACUAUCACCUCGCACACACUUUAUUGCCAGUCUGCUUCGGGGAUCGCCCUCUUCCGGUGCCAGAUAGAUCUUCAAGCUCCAGUGACAAGGUGAAGGGAAAGAGGAAAGCGGAGGAGCUGUGCGAGAAGCAGGAGCAGCCUCAAGAAACGCUCAAGUCGUUGGUAAGCCUACUCUCUGCCUUGAGACUCCAGGCGGAAUCGGUGAAGCGACUCUACAAACCCGUUUUCGGGAGCCUUUCGCAGACGAUACUCAUGUGCGACCGUAUCUGCGAUACUUAUCAGCAACUCGAAGAAGAUCAUUCGAAAAAGUUCAAGACGGAAGUGACUAUUGACGAAGGAAGCACUUCUGCCUCUCUGACCCAUUCACUAUACACUGCUUCGUCGUCAGCAGGACCACCUACCAUCCCUGACGACAAGCGAGAAAAACUCGCAGCCGCCCGGCAAUGGCUCAGCGAGAAUAAGCUACAGGGUAUGGAGUCAGAAAGCUGGCUGAGUGACUAUAAAAUUGCCCUUCCAGUCUCGGAAGCCACCGCCCACGGCCGUAUGAAGAAGCUCGUCAUGGAGCUCUCCAUGCUGCGAACUACACUCCCCGACGGCAUCUUUGUUCGCUAUGAUGGCACGCGGUUGGACGCCAUGAAGGUCCUCAUCGUCGGACCCGAAGACACGCCCUACGAGAAUGGACUCUUCGAAUUUGACCUAUUCUGCCCUCUCGAUUAUCCGGCGAGGCCACCAAAGAUGGUUUUUAGAACGACGUACAGUCGUCGAGAGUUCAACCCGAACCUGUACCCCAGUGGCAGAGUCUGUUUCUCCCUCCUCGGUACCUGGGAAGGCAGCGCCACUGAAAUCUGGGACCCAAAAAAGUCCACCCUCCUUCAACUCCUUGUUUCCGUUCAAGCCAUGAUUUUUAACCCGGACCCGGUAUGGAACGAACCUAAUCAGACAUUCUCACCAACAGCCUCACUGGUGUACAAGACGGAGAUGCGCGCCGAUACCCUCGUCUUCGCUAUGAGCCACUGGCUCCAUCUGCGCAAAAACGCCAAGCCGGUCGAGUAUAAUCCUUGGUUCGAGGUCGUGUCCCGCCACUUUGAGGUGAACUGGCGACGAAUUCUUGAGACGGCUGAGAUUUGGGCCGCGGAAGAUCCCGGGAGUCAAAGCAAAGCCGAGAAUGAGUUGGGUAUGUUCAUGAGAGGUAGACACUCCAAGGAGAGGUUCCCCUGUGGGAUCCGUACGCUAAAGGGGCAUUUUGCCGAGUGGGCUACGUCCAAAGAGGAGCUGGCCCUCGUGAAGCUUGGUCCUGAAGAGGAAGCUGGGACGACGUAUACGCCCGUGGAGAGUCGGCCGAAUGUAGACUCUGAUGUGUCCGACUUGUCUGACGAGCACGACGAAGACGAGGAGGACGACAAAGACUAUGGUUAUGAUGGUGAUGAAGGGGAUGAUGGGGACGACGUGAACGACGUGGACGACGUGGACGACGUGGACGACGACUUCGAUGGAAAUGAUAAUCUACCACCAACCAAUGGCACACCCUAUGUACCGGCACCGCCGCCUUAGUAUCACCUGAGCUCUCUUGAUUUUCUUUGAAUUCGUUCAAUAGUUGCGGCUGGUUUUUGCGUUUUGUCUCCCAUUCUAUUAGUUAAGUGAGCGUCGGUGUUUUGAUGGCAAUGAGGAGAGGUUGAACGUUGGUUAGUAAUGAUGGAUGUGGAGACAAGGUUAAGUUCGUUACCAGCUAGUAAUCCGAGGGAGUCGAUAGAAAAAUAGUCAGACUCAGGCUCUCUCUAUUUCCUAGUAUUUGUCUCGUCAAG